AUGAGAAACCAGGAGGAAGAAAAGAUAGAGGAAAAAAAGGAAGCAGAUGUGGGCCCUGCAAAAAGUGGCGUGAUAGAUGGACAAAAGACAUCUUCUGCCCGGGAUCCCGAACCCAAGCAAAGCGUAUCCUCACAGGAACGUGAAGAAAAUCCUAAAAGCUAUUGCAUAAAUGAAUUCAAAGAAUAUAUCACUGAGAUACCUUUUCCUAUAAAGGAAAAAACGGGGAUCAUGAAGCAGUUUCUGUCUGGAGUUGAGAAACUGUUUGCCAUUGUCAAGUCGUCAAUCAGAAAGGCAAUACUGUGGAUAUCCAGAAAAAAUCUUAGAGAUGAAGAAAAAGUGUGA